GGCAUCCCUCCCUGCUCCAGUAAGCUCCUCUUAUGUAGGACUUCAACCGUCGGCAGGAAUAGAGGAUGCCGAGGCCUGGUUUACCUUAAGAGCACAUGCAAACAUGAGGAUAAAAAGAUAGAAAAGAAGAAAACACAUGUUUAAGUCCUAGUUAAGUUAAGUGAAAAUGGAGUGAUAAUGUUUGCUGUUGGCUGAAGUCCUCUCAAGAAGAAAUAAAAAUGAAGAAGAGGCUGCUCCGAGGUUUCCUGUCGGAAGUUUCCGUCAGGAUCGCGCUGUUGGUCGUAUUCCUUGUAACAGAGCAGCUUCCUCCUUUCUUCCGGGAGAUCCAGGCAGAGGAGAUGUGGCUAUAUAAAUUUCACCGUGUAGAGCGAGACCAUGUCCCAACUUUUCUUAUGUUUAGUGUGGCGGUUUUCACCCCACUGAUAGUAAUCCUGGCGUUCACCUUCAUGAAGAGAACAGAGAGAGGAGAUCUGAAGGAGGCCUCACUGGCUGUGACUCUGACUCUGGUGCUGAAUGGAGUUUUUACAAAUGUCAUCAAACUUGUUGUUGGCAGACCACGACCAGACUUCUUCUAUCGCUGUUUCCCAGAUGGACAGAUGAACCCAGAGUUACGCUGCAGCGGUGACCCAGAUGUGGUCAUAGAGGGCAGAAAAAGCUUUCCGAGUGGGCACUCUUCCUUCGCCUUUGCGGGUUUGGGUUUCACAGCACUAUAUAUCGCAGGAAAGCUGCGCUGCUUUAAUGCGGCGGGCCAGGGCAGAGCGUGGCGGCUGUGUGCCUUCCUCAUCCCUUUACUCAUCGCAACAGUGAUCGCCCUCUCCAGAACCUGCGACUACAAACACCACUGGCAAGAUGUGUUGGUGGGCUCUCUGCUGGGUCUCGCCUUCUCCUGGCUGUGUUACAGACAGCACUACCCUCCUCUUUCAGACCCCGACUGCCACAGACCUCUGCGUCACAGAGACACUGUUCCCGCUGCACAGGAGCGCAAAUUGGCCAACUCCAACUACAUCCUGCCCCUGUAGAUCAGCUCUAACUGGAUUACUCUCUUUACUGGUGUCAUUUAUACAGGGUUACGACGUAAUCCUUCUUAUUCUGGGUUUUAUGUCUUUAGGGCUGGACAGUUGUCAAUAUUUAUUGUUUUAUGUCAAUCAUUGUAAGUGUACUGUGGGAUAUUUUUUUUUUGUUUGGUGAAAAUUGACUCAUGGAUUAAUUUUGUGACUUCAAUGACACUUUAUUCUUCUGGAUGGUUUCUGCAAUGUUUAACAUUAGCUGUAGUUCAACAGCCCAAAUAGGUUGAACAACAGCUCUAAUAACAACUUGAGGUGGACUUUUAAAUGCUAAACUGAUAAAAAAAAAAUAUGCACAGAAUUUAAUAAUCAAUUUAUUUAUCCAUAAGGCCCAUUCCAGCACACCAUUUGUAUUGUGCCUAUUGAUCAUAUCCUCACAGCAGCUGAGCAGGUCAGUUACAGAAGCACUGCACUCAAAGUCCACUGCCUAUCGGCCUCUGUCUCAGCUGCUAUGAAACACUUUGUCACACAGGCGCUGCUGUGUCCUGUUUUGUUUUAUUUUUUUUAUUUUUUAUUUUUUUAAUGCAAGUUUUAAAAUGAAUAGUUGAUACUUGAGGAGAAACAUAAAGCAAACACACAGAAAAGGGGCAAACAGCAGUAUUGAUGAUUAAAUUAUUUUUUUAUUUUUGAACUAUUGAUAAUGCCAAAUAGCUGAUGGUAACAGUUUCUAAAAUGCUAAAAUUUGUUUGCUUUGAUUAUCAUAAAGGGAAUGUGUAAUUGUUAGACUGUCAGAAACAGAAAAUUGAAAGAAAGACAGAAUUAAAAUUUAAGAUAACAUAGUAAUCACUGGUUAAAGUCUGGAUUGAAAGGGUCAACUACAAUGCUUGAAACUUUUUAAAGUGCAUCUCAAAGUUGUAUUCAGAUUGAAGCCGACUGACAAAUAAUCGCAAGAUCAAAUGUGGAACCAGGUCAAACCAAAAACUUGAGAGUGAUUGAUUAGCAGAGGACUGUAGCUGUUUAACGCCAGACUGGACCAGUCAAACCAUGAACAAAGUAAACAGUUCAAUAACUCUUGAGGUUACCAAAAAAAACCUCUCCUAAGCACAUGAGAACUUAGUUUAAUGUACCUGAAUGUUUUGGGUUUUAUUUUUAUGUGAUGAAACUCAAAGAAGAGACCCAAAAUAAGCUUUGAAACUUCAAUUAAUUAGCUAAAAGCUGGUGUCAGGCAAAAACCUCCUAUCCCCAAAAUCCCAACUUUUCAGAGAAUACAUUUUUUUUAAAAAGGCUGUAUUUUUCAAUUAAUUGGACAUUAAAUUGUCAUAGUCAGCAUCUCUUUGAUGCCUUUUAUUGUUGUAAAAUGGGAUUAACACCCACUGAUGGAUGUAAAGGGUGACCAGUAGUACUGAUUUAUAAAAUAAAUAAUAAAAAAAAAUGAGAUACAAGGCUUUGGGCCUGAUGCUAAUGUUUAGUCAACAGCAGAACCAUGUUGUGUUUGGUGAGAAAACUCAUUUUUAUUAGAAUUUGGAUUAAUUGAUUUUAUCAUAUAGUGUCUAACAACAUAUAAAAGAAUAAGGCAGUUUUUAGUUCUGUUUAUUUAGUCUUAAACAAAGCAAGUGAAAAAGCCAAGACCAAUAAUGUAUUAAAUUUGACAGUGUCCACAGGAAUGUCUGUGGCACUCCUCUUUGUGAAAUUUUCCCGUCAUUUUCACAGCAAUGAUUCAUCUUUUCCAUGUGUGCCAUGCAGCAGUACAAUUAAACACAAAAAUACAUGCUGGUUUGUAACUAGAGUUUAAAUUUUUAGAUAUGCAAUACUAACGUGUGUAUACCUGCAAACCAGUGCUACUUUAAAUAUUUUUGUUUUUGAAAUUAGCAACAACUAGAGAUAGUAUAGCUUUUUGAGUAAAGAUAAAAGUAUGUAUGAAAUCUGUCAGUUUCACUGCUCAAGAAAAUUGGGGAUUUUUGCAAAAAAUGAUCUGGAAAAAAAAUCUGUUCAAGCAUACCAGCUUUGAGAGUAGGCUCAAUGAGAUGGUUAUGACGAGUUCAUUGGUUGGUUUUGGUCUUUUCACAGAAUUUAUUGAAAAUACUAAGAAAAGAAAUUGAAGGAACAGUAAAGGGGUGUCUAUGCGAGUAAUUUCUGUUAUCUCUGUCUUUUUUGAGUUCUCUUCAUGCGUAUUAACAUUAGAUCCUUUCCUAUCUGGAAGCACCAAUUCGGAUGCCUGUAUUGUGUAAAGCAGAUUAAUGAAAACCACUGUAGAAACACCACAGCUUUGUUCUCCACAGCUGAGCUCAUUGCUUUAAAUCCUUCUGUCUUCCUCGAUUAUAUUUUGAAUAUUUUCACACAUUGAUUAGUAUCUAGAAGGAGUUGGUAUCGCGUACCCAGUCCUCAGUGUGAACGCCAUAAUGUAGCAGCUUACCUUCUCUUAAACGAUAAUCACAUCUCAGCAGUAAGUGGACAGCACACCUGUUAAUACGAUUGAACAGAACUAUGGUACAAAUAUUUCAGUGGUCUCAGGCUUGAUGUAGGUCUGGUUUGAAUUUCUGUUCACAGGUCAGACUGUACGUAACCUCUCCAGGUGAUGGUGCUAGCCUCCCAGCGCUCCUGCUGGUCAGGUUUUCUAUCCUGUUGAUACUUUAAUCAGCGGGUCAAAUUCAGUGUUUUUUUUUCCUUUCCUCUUUUUUUUUUUUUAUUUAAGGAGAAAAACAUUGCAGUUGGUGAUUCAGUUAUUUUAUUCUUCUGGAUUAUUUUUAUCUGUUUAUGUUUCAUUAUAGGUUUUAAUUUUAAAAAGUGGUACAUUUUACUAAUUUGUGAUUAAUUUGUUGAAAUGUGAGAACUACUUUCGAGUGUUGGGGUCAGGCAUUAAAAAAAUGAGACAAAUAUGUUUAUCUUUAAGCAUUUUAAGAAAAAAGAUGGAUUGUCAAGAAAAAAGUCAAAUUUUCAAGGAAAAAUAGUUCAAAGCAGCAACAAGAAAAGCAUCUCCAAAAUUGAAUUUCAACAUUAUUGUCAACCUGACUUUUUCUCAAAGUGCAUAUUGAAAACAAUUCUUCCUCCUUUUGUGUAUCUCUCAUGUUUGACCCUGACACUCCUCUGUAGAACACAGACAAAACUAUUGUGUUUCAGUUUUUAUGUGAAACCAGCCAAAGUUUUGCAGGGUCAACAAAGCACUUUUUGCUCGUUGCUGUGAGUCAGGCUCAAAUCAGCCAGAUGACAGUGGUUUCAGACCAAACUUGGCAGAAAAAAAAUGAUGAAUUUGUGCCUUUGUUAACUACAUAACUUUAUCGCUGUUAGGUAAUGAAUGAAGUAUAUAUUGCACGUCACAGUGUAUGUUCACUGUCCUGUUGUGGAAAGAAAAUUGUUCUCGAAUUUUGAUUAACUUAUAUUUUACAGUUUGUAGAAUUCAGUUGGGAUGAUACUAUGUGAUGUGAAAUCUUGGCAUGCAGCCUCUCUUAACCUCAUAAAAAAUUUAUUUUCAUAUUUUUUUGUUUUGUAGAUUAAAAUGUGAAGUUUUCAGGGUGGAAUCAUGUAAAGUGAAAAAACUGUAUUAUCUCUGUCAAUCUAAAAGGGAUUUUUGUGAUGGUGUACAGGUUAAGAGUAUUUUGUUUUGGGAUAUGUGGGAGUUUACUCGACUUUGAAUAUUUGUUUACUUUAAAUGUAAUCAUUUUAUGUCAUGCAAAUAGAAAACAUGAUUGAGGGCACAUAGGUUUUAGGCAAACAGCCAUGGGAAAUAUUCAUUAGAGUUUGCUGCAUUUUGAUAAAUUCCUGCAUGUUUCGCACAGGAAGGGGCAACAUAUCUCCUUCAGUACCUCCCACAAAAUCUCAUCUACACUAAAUUAUUGAUGUACAUGUAGCUGUAUCAGGUCUUUACAGAUCUACUGUCAUGAAAAGGGACUCUACUAAAACUUGCCUGUUUGCUUUAUUGAUGUCAUCCUGAUUUGCCUUGGCUUGCAGGAGCACAUAGCAGCAGUUCAUGCUGGUACAGUUUCCUGAUUGUACAUGUUGUGAUGCUUUCAAUGACUUUUUGUGACACUUAAUGAUGUUUCUACAUAAUAUUA